AAUGGGCUACGUCACCGCGUUGAGCUUCCACCAAAGUGGUUAACGCUCUAAUCCACUAGAAACCAACAAUAGAAUAUCAGUACAAGGUUUACAAAUCACAGAUCUAAAAAGAUCAGCCCUCAGACCCUAUUUUUUCCCUCACAGAUUGAACAAACAGAUUACACCAAGUAAUCGAACCUUACUGUUCAACCAAGAACAGAUAUAAUCUCUACACCAAGUACACAAACUAGAUCUCACCAAGAACAUCUAAUGAUUCAGAGAUUACAAACCAAAAACCAGAGUUUUUCGAGAGAGAAAAUUAUAGAGAGCAGAAAGGAAGAUAACCCUAGAAGUUUCUCGCAUAAUGGUAAGUGAAAAGUCUAGGACUAAGUAUAAUUAAAGGUUACUUGCAUCCAACGGUUCAGCUGACUCCACUUAACACCAUCUGAUCCAUCCAGUUAAAACAAACUAAAGUCGCAUUUGGACGAAACACGAGUCUGUACAAGUGGGGGCAAACCGGGUCACAAACAAACUUGAGCUCAACUGUUGGGUUCAAUCAUUGGGCCUGAAGGUGUUAAGCAUUAUUCUUAACAAUUUUCAAUUAAAUUGAUCUUAAGGGAUCUUUAUUUCCUUAAUCCUUGCCACUUGAUUCCCAAACCAUAAUACAUCUUCAAUAUUGCUAUUUACACUUUCAGCGUAGUAAAUUGAACAGCAAUUGUUUUCAAUACCCCUGACGAAUCAUGCAUUCGAAGCUUAAACUUCUUUUCCUUGAGCACAGAAUCCACACAUGAAAAGAAACUCACGAAUAAUCCAAUGGAAAAUCAUAUCACAGUUCCAGUAACAAGAAACAGAAGGCUGAAAAUCCAUAUAAAUCAUCAUCAACACAAUAAACCGAAAGCAGAGAAAAUAUCACAAAGAGUAGGAGUGCAAUCAUAACACUAUCAAGAUCAGCAAUUUAACAAAAACCCAAAUUAAGGUGUUCUAGGAAUCUAGUGCUGCAUCAAACAAUUAAUAAAAUCAAUUUAAACGCGUAAAACUUACCAAAACGGAUUUUUCACCCUCCCUCCUUCAAUUAAAGUUAUUUGUGUUCUCUCGAUCUGGAUUGGAAGUUGAAAUAUUUGAGAGGAAGCACGAGAUUUCAUGAUUAAUUGCGAGUUUGAUUGGAAUUGGAUGAAGCUUGAAAUAACAAAUUUUUUAUACCGUGGAAGCUCAGAUACCACAGGAUUCACUAACCAAAGAGCCAGCCUUGUCGCAAAUAAAAGAGCCAAACGUUCGUUAUAUACAACGAUUUGGCGCCAGAGACCCGUUAAACUCUUGACGCUUCAUGGUUCUUCUUCUUCACGGGCGUCUCUUUUCCAUGCCACCAAUUCUUCUACAUUUUUCGAAGUUCUGCUUCCCUUGCACGUCGACUUACGCCCUGUGCAAAUCCCUUUUAUUGAUGUUCCCCUAUUCUUCUGAUUCAGUUCGCUCAAACUCGCGUAAUGACCCCGAUUACUUGGACAAUCUUCUUCAACAAUGCAUCAAUGGUAGGAAUGAUUUUAGUUACGAGAAACCAGUUAAGCAAAUACAUGCACAACUAUUAGUUACAGCUUCGUUGUUCUCUGCUUUCUUAUCUGCUCGAGUCAUUACUGUAUAUUCGAAGAUAAGUCUUUUGAACGAAGCCCGAAAAGUAUUUAGUUCCGCGUCAGAAGAUUGCUUCUCUAAUUCACUAUUUUGGAACUCAAUUUUGCGUGCUAAUAUUUCGGUUUUCGAAUACAGUGAGACUCUUGAAUUGUACCUUCGGAUGCGUGCACUUAGUUUUCAGCCUGAUGGGUUCGGUUUUCCGUUGAUUAUAAGAGCCUGUGCGAUGAAGGGUGAUGUUAUGUUAUGUAAAAUUGUUCAUUGUCAUGUUUUGCAAAUGGGUUUUGGGAAUGUUCUGCAUGUUUGUAAUGAACUGUUGGCAAUGUAUGGGAAGAUUGGGCUGAUGGAGAAUGGUUGUCAAGUGUUUGAUAGAAUGCCUGUGAGGUCUCAUGUUUCUUGGAACACCAUGGUCUCGGGUUUUGCGAAUAAUCAUGAUUGUGAUAGGGCAUUUUGGAUGUUUUCAAGGAUGAAGAAUGAAGGAAUGGAGCCUAACUCUGUGACAUGGACUUCGUUGCUCUCAAGUUUCUCUAGGUGCGGGUUUGAGGAUAAGACGUGGAAAUUUUACGUUUUGAUGAGACAGAAAGGGGUUAAUGCUACUGCUGAAUCGCUUGCUGUUGUUAUAUCAGUCUGUGCUGACAGUGACUUCAAAUGGUUUCAGAAAGGUGAAAUUGUGCACGGGUAUGUGAUGACGGGUGGUUUUGACAAAUAUGUGUUUGUGAGGAACUCACUUAUACAUAUGUAUGGGAAAAAUGGUGCAGUAGAAGAAGCAGAAUAUCUGCUUGCUGGAUUGGAAACAAAGAGUAUUGUAAGCUGGAAUGCAUUGAUAUCGUCCUAUGCUGAGUCAGGUUUGUGUGACGAGGCUUUCUCCGUGUUUUUGCGGUGGGAAAAUGAAGAUUCAUAUUCAAUGGGAAGGCCUAAUGUGGUAAGUUGGAGUGCUGUUAUCCACGGAUUUGCUGCAAAGGGGCGGCACGAGGAGUCCUUGGAAUUGUUUCGCCGUAUGCAGAUUGAUUCAGUAUUGGCCAAUGCUAUCACAAUUGCCAGUGUGUUGUCAGUUUGUGCUGAGUUAUCAGCUCUGCGUCUUGGUAGAGAAAUCCAUGCCCAUGCAAUCCGAUUUUUGAUGAACAGUGAUAUUUUGGUGAUAAAUGGUCUGAUUAACAUGUACAUGAAAUGUGGCAGCCUCAGGGCUGGGUGUAUAAUAUUUGAAGGAAUGAAUUGGCGGGAUAUAUUCUCAUGGAACACUAUGAUCACAGGAUUUGGGAUGCACGGUCACGGUGAUAGUGCUCUAGAAACUUACUAUCGGAUGGUUAAUGCAGGAGUUAAGCCGGACGAGGUUACUUUUGUUGCCGUUCUUUCUGCGUGUAGUCAUGGAGGGCUUGUGACCGAAGGUCGUGAUAUUUUUUAUCAGAUGACUAGAGACUUUCAAAUCAAGCCCCAAGUUGAACACUAUGCUUGCAUGGUUGAUCUUUUUGGACGUGCUGGCUGUCUGCAGGAAGCAAGCAACAUUUUGAAAAGCAUGCCGAUGGAACCCAAUGCUUGCGUUUGGGGAGCCCUCCUGAACUCUUGCAAAAUGCAUAAAAACACGGACAUCGCUGAAGAGACUGCUUCUCAGAUGUUUAGUCUUAAUUGCGAGGUGACGGGUAGCUAUAUGUUGCUCUCUAAUUUAUAUGCUGCAGGUGGGAGGUGGGAGGAUUCUGCAAGGGUGAGAGUCUCAGCAAAGACAAGGGGUUUGAAGAAAAUUCCUGGGGAAAGUUGGAUUGAGGUGAAGAACAAGAUCCACACAUUCUCAGCUGGAAAAUCCUUGAACUCGAGGGUUGAGGAACUUUAUGGUGUACUUAAAAAUAUGAAACUUCAUAUGGCAAUGGAGGGCUAUGUAUCGAACAAAAUCUAUGGCCUGCCCACAGACUGCUGAUGAAGAAGAAUAUGCUUAGUACUUGUCAGCUGCACAAAUUGAUCUUGUGGGAGUUGUUGUAAUCAAGCCGAUUUGAGAAUUAUUUUUCUUGCUGCAGUCGGCAGUCCUUUGCGGGCUUCAGGACAGACGGACCAUGGCUAACUUGUCACAUCCGUAUGUGGGUCUGACCAAAGUAACAUGGAAAGAAGAUUGCUCAAGUUAGCAGCGUGUUCAUGAUUCUUCGCGAGAAUUGUUCUUUUAAAACACACGACAACGUGGAAGAAUUUAACUGAGGAUUUAUGUGAAGAAAUUGGAAGUCCCCAGCCUAGGCAUCAGCAAGAUAAACUUAAAAAGCAGUGUUGGCAAUCUCGUCGUCUGUUCUAAUGCUGCAAAAUUUUCCCGUUUCGUAUUUCUGAAGAAUCGUCUUUCUCCGCCACGGAUGGAAAAUUCUACAAAUUUGGAUUCCUUUUGGAAUUGGAUCAAGCAGUUGAAUAAGAGUAAUAAGACUAGGAAUCUGGAAUGACGAACAUGACAAUCGUUGAAGAGGGCGCUUCUAGUAGAUGGUGUGCUCAAGAUCAAUAGAGUGCAAAAUGUUGAAUCAUCUUGUUUAAAAGCGUGAAUAAAUUAUCUAUAUAAAGUUUGUUUUGAAAUCUGACUAACUGACGAAAACUGUUUAAUGCAUUGAGAACUCAAAUUAGAGGCAAUUAUUAGUAUACAAGGACUUUUGAAAAAUCAGCUAAACAAUAGAUACGUCGGGAGGUUGUCCCGAUGGGAACCUUUUUUAAA